ACUAAAUUGUGCCAGGAUGUUUGUUUACAUGUCUGACAGUUUGACAGCUGAUGCUUUUCGGGUUGCGUGAAAUAAGCUCACGAUUGACACAUAAAGUUGUCGAUGUUUUAUUUUUCCAUUGACAUUAAUAUUUGCACACAAUUAUUAAAAAAAAACCUUUUUGUGGUAUAAUUUUUAUUUCUUUAUUUCAUUCCUGUGCUAGAAUGAUUAGAAAAAAAUUAGAAAAUUGUUUAAAUAACCUGGAAGAUUCAGAAAAUAUUUGUACUAGCGAUCAAUGAUUUGCAGAAGGAUCGACCUUUUGGUAGCCACUUUUUUGUUUGCAUCACUGUACGCUAUUCGCUAUUGGUUAACACGGAUAAUCGAGAAAACAUAAGUAAGAGAUGAUUUUCGCAUCAUUUUCGUGUGUUGCGUGUUGUCAGUUUUGUGCCGCCAACAUUCCUAGUAAAGUGCUGAACAAAAUCGGGCAAAUUUAUAGUGUGGAGAAAAAAAAAUACAUAAAGCAGCAUGUUUUCAGAUUUGCUACGGAUUCAACAGCAGCUUGAAAUGAUGGUAGAAUAUUUCAAAGUGGUAUUAUACAUGAAUAAAAUUGAAGACGAGGAUCCGCUUCGCAUUGAACAUGAACCACGCGCUAAUUCGGACGCCGUAGGAAUCGCGCAGGCAAGGAAAUUGAUAGCGGCAUUUAACGACGAUAUUAAACGGCUCGAUGAAUAUAUCGAGGACGAACUGUUGGACCAGCACGAGCGGCCACUUUCCGAGAUAUUUCUUCCUUCAUUGGAGCCCAUCGCUUUCUUUGAGGAGGUAUCGUUAUAUGGAAAUAAAGUGGGAUCCAUUCUGCCUGGUCCAGAGACGGGUGAUGAAAUCAUUCACGUUGGCCUGCUGGAUGCACAUAAUUGCGACGAUGUUCAGCAGCUAACAGACGAAUUGUACAAAGUGCAGAAACACGUCGUGAUCUGUGUGUUCCGUAAGAAGAAUCAAGGAGACUAUGUGCUUUGUGAGGUGCAAACCGACGAAAACUAUAACACUGAUUUUCACAUUUUCCCCACUAUUUAGACCUGUGUGGGUAUGAAAUUGUAAUACACCUUUCUGAACUCCAUAAAGAGUUAAUAAAGAGCGGCGUUAUUCGUACACUUCUUACUGCUGCAAAUGAACAUAUGAUUGUACGGAAUUCUCAUACGGGAGAACACAGUAGCGGAUUAACUUAUUGUCGGAUUUGGUGGCGCCUAGACUGUGCCUACAAAGAGGCACUAGUUCCGAGCGGAUCGUCUUCCUGCUAAUUCCUUCCUUCCGACCUUGAGCUGGACAUAGCAAAGAGGUCCGUUUUCCUAGUAAAAAGUGAAGCUUCAGACUCCUCCACUAACGCUCGCACCCACCUCCCUCCAGUCGGUCAUUUCUCCAUGGUCUACACUACGCUAGCGUAAAAAUAAAUUUGAGUUCCCCUUUAAAAAAUUGUUGAACAUUUUCCAACUAAUUUUUAUUUUUGGAGGAUUGCUAAUUUAGAUUCAUUUUUCUUGGUAAAGUAAAGGUUAGUUAUCGAGUUGUCUCCGUCUAGCACUAUCCCACAAGGCAGACCGCCAGCCGCUAGUGUGGAAAGGCAGACAGCUUUUUCCAUCUCGCAUUAACUCAAUCAAUCAUUUCGCACUUACCAACACAGACGAAGUACAUGCUCCUGUACCUUACUCUACCAAUAAAUCAUUCUGAUCAGUGCCUGUACGAUCAGUUUUCAGUUAUAUUAAAGCAGUGCAAUUUGCAUAACAUAGUUUUGUGUCUUUUUGAUAAUCCAAAAUACUUCCUGUAAUUGCAAUUUUCCAUGCCGUAAAUGUGUGGUGUGAAGUUUUUUUUAUGUGCAUAACCUCAAAAAGUGCUCGCUGUCGGUACUUGUAGUUGUGUGGACAGCACUUUGACUUACAGUAAGCAUUUAUAUUUGUAUUGGUGUCAAAAAGGGAUUCCAUUUUUUUAAAGAUUUUAUCCGGAGCUGUCGUCAAGCUGUACAUAAAAUUCAUGAAUUUUGUUGUUGGUUAUCUUUUUACGAGGCUUUUUUUAAUAUUCUUCUCUCGUUGAUUACAGGAAAGUUGAUAAAAUUUAGAAGGAAAACAAAGACAAAUAAUCCUCAAUUUUCUAAUUAGCCUUUGAUCUCUACGGUCUAGAAAGUAGUGAUGGGCAAAUUAUAAAUUUUGCAGAAGUCGGAUUGGUCCAACUCCGUCGCCCGCUCGGAGAGUCGAAGUCGGAAUGACUCCGGCAGAAGUGACCGGGGGGAGAGGGGAGGGUUGGAUCGAGUCCUGUAAAAUUAACAAUUCACCCAUGGACAGUGGCAGAUCAAACUUGUCGGAGGCCCUAAGCGGAAUGGUAAUUGGGGCCCCAAAAGUAUGGCCGCAAUGUCGAUAAAUUGGAUUUUGAAAAAAGUGACCGGGGAAUUAAGUGUUUUCAAAAGUGCUGACCGGG